AUGUUCUUCUCUCCAGAUUUAUAUGAGGAAACUGGUUGUUCGUCCACCACUACCUCUGGGUCUGCAGCCUCUGCGGGCAGUCAUCACGAGCACUCGGGAGCCAACCGUGACCUGCCAAUCGUCAAUGAGCAGCAGGCUCUACAUACUGGUGCUUUUAAUCGACCCGGGGUUACGAGUACUGAAUCAACGCCUCCGCUCACUCUUGGCCGUCUUGUCAAUGCUGCUGGCCGCACUAACCUGGCCGGGGUUGGUGUUUCUCAGGGGAGUGCGCCCGCUGCUAAUCCGACUCCUACCGCCAAUACCAGUAUGUUCUCACGUCUAAAUCCCGAGAGGCGCACCAUACACACUGCUAAUCCGCAGCUACUGGAUCUCGAUCCCAACUUCCCGGACAGUGCACAUGACACGACAACGGUUGCCGCUCGAAACAUUAGCCUACCAGUUUCCACCUCUGGCGCAGCUGGUUUCUUUAAAAGCUUUAAAACAAAGAUUGGAAUAGGGUAA